AUGCUGAUAUCCAAGAGACACUCUCAUAUCUCAGAUUCAACUAUUGAUGAUGUUGUGCAUGGAGCUGGUUGGUACUAUAUAGGCUGUCGUGGUUGUCAUACCAAGGCAAUCAAAGGGCCAACAACUCUCAUGUGUAAGAAGUGUGGGAAGCAUGACAUUGAUGCUGUGCCACAGUACCACUCGAAGCUAUCUGUGUAUGAUCACAAGGAUCAAGCUGUCUUUGUACUUCUCGGUGAUGCUGGUGAGGAGUUAACUGGAAAGAAAGCUGCAGAGUUGGUUGAUAGCUACUACCAAGCCAACGAAAUUGAAGGAGAGGAUCACAUUGUCCCUGUGCCUGAGGCUCUGAUUAGUACCAUAGGACAAACCAGAAAAUUUGUUGUGAAGGUGUCUACCUAUAAUCUCACUGGCAAGUCCCAGAGUUUGACUGUGACAAAAGUGCUCCCACUUGAGGAAGAAGAACCCGAAGUCAACAAUGAAGAUGAAGCUGGAGAGAAAGAAGAACCCGAACUCAACAAUGAACAAGCAGAGGAGUCGGUGAAAAGGGGUGGUGAUGUCAUUGAGGGUGAAGAAGCCAAGCGUCCAAAGCAUGGCUGA